GCACUGCUUUCCAAUUAUAAGUCACAAAGUAGCUUUGAUUCGAAAUCGAAACCUUCUGAUCUCCAGCUCCACAUCAAGUUUGAUAACAACUGCCAAGAUGGGAAGAGCUCCUUGCUGUGAUAAAAAUGGACUCAAGAAAGGUCCAUGGACAACUGAAGAAGAUGCUUUGCUCGUCGAUUAUAUUCAGAAACACGGACCGGGGAAUUGGCGAAACCUUCCGAAGGACGCAGGGCUUGAAAGAUGUGGGAAGAGUUGCCGCCUUAGAUGGACGAACUACCUGAGACCUGAUAUAAAGAGAGGAAGAUUCUCCUUUGAAGAAGAAGAGACUAUAAUCCAGCUACAUAGCAUCCUGGGAAACAAGUGGUCAGCUAUUGCAGCUCGGUUGCCAGGGAGGACAGACAAUGAGAUCAAGAACUACUGGAACACGCAUAUCCGAAAGAGGCUCCUUAAAAUGGGAAUUGAUCCGGUGACACAUGCUCCGCGAAUCGACCUUCUUGAUCUGUCCUCAAUUCUCAGCUCAUAUAUGUGCAACAAUCCAGCUGCUGCCCUUCUCAAUUUGUCAAGCUUGCUGAGUAGCACCCAGCAGCAGCAACCGCUUGUCAAUCCAGAGCUGCUAAGGCUGGCAACCAAUCUGUUGUCAAUCAAACAAGAAAACCCAGAAUUGUGUUCCCAAAACUAUAAUCUCCAUGAUCAAAACCAGCUCGGCAAUUCCCAGCAGCAAAAUAGCCAAGUGCUCCCACCUUUACAGUCCCAUGACCAGCUCCAAGAUCUCAUCCAAGGGGACUUUUCUGCUGACGUGGCGAAAAUGAAACAGCUUAUGCAAGUGAUCAAUGCGGAAGGGUACUCACCCAACAUGACCAACUUUAACGGCCCCACAUUUUCCCAAGAAAAUAUGGUUCCUUCAAAUUUGGGGGCUGAUCAUCAAACUGCUGUUUGCCAACCAAGCUAUGUGCCUUGCACUACUUCAAGUGAUCCCACCAACAUUCCUGAUUUGCCCGAAAAUUAUUUCCAAUCUUUGAAUUACAACAGAAGUAGCGAUUUCAGCUUCGAUUCUGUUAUGUCGACGCCUUAUUCAAGCCCGACCGGGUUGAAUUCAUCGGGCACAUACAUAAACAGCAGCACAGAGGAUGAGAAAGAAAGCUAUUGCAGCGACUGGUGGAAGUUUGAAAUCCCAGAGAGUGCUUUGGAUAUCAAUGAUAUUAUGUAGAGAUCUUUUAGACUCAAAUCUUCUGUUUUGUGUUUCUACUUUGAUUUGAUUUCUGGUACUAGUAGUUGAUGUUGAUAAUGAGAUUCU